UCCAAAGGCUGCGCGAGGGACUGGUGCUGCUGAGGCAGCGGCGGCGCUGCCGGCCCCGGGCCGCUCGGCCUCUCCGUUCGCCUCCCAGCCUGGUCUGAGCCCGCCGGAGCUCUCGCCGGCCAGCGCCUGCCCUAUGAGUGUGUCACUGGUUGUCAUCCGACUGGAGCUCGCGGAACACUCGGCCGUUCCCGCUGGCUUCGGCUUCAGCGCCGCGGCUGGGGAAAUGUCUAAUGAGGAGAUCAAAAAGAAGACACUUGCUUCAGCUGUUGCCUGUUUAGAAGGGAAGUCACCAGGGGAAAAAGCAACAAUCAUUCAUCAGCACCUUGGCCGUCGGGAAAUGACAGAUGUAAUCAUUGAGACCAUGAAGUCCAACCCAGAUGAGGUAAAAGAUGCAAUGGAAGAAAAGAAGUCUUCAGAAGCAUCCCUCACUGUGCAGAGAAGUAGAGAUCAAAGUAAAGAUUGCAUAAAUGCAGCUCCUGAUUCUCCAUCCAAACAGCUUCCAGACCAGAUUUCAUUCUUCAGUGGAAAUCCUUCUGUUGAAAUAGUUCAUGGGAUUAUGCACCUAUAUAAGACAAAUAAGAUGACCUCCUUAAAAGAAGAUGUGAGGCGCAGUGCCAUGCUGUGUAUUCUCACAGUCCCUGCUACAAUGACCAGUCAUGACCUUAUGAAGUUUGUCGCCCCAUUUAAUGAAGUAAUUGAACAAAUGAAAAUCAUCAGAGACUCUACUCCAAAUCAAUAUAUGGUGCUGAUAAAGUUUAGUGCACAGGCUGAUGCAGAUAGUUUUUAUAUGGCAUGCAAUGGUCGUCAGUUCAACUCAAUCGAAGAUGAUGUUUGCCAACUGGUCUAUGUGGAAAGGGCUGAAGUGCUGAAAUCUGAAGAUGGUGCCAGCCUCCCUGUGAUGGACCUGACUGAGCUCCCCAAGUGCACGGUGUGUCUGGAACGUAUGGACGAGUCUGUGAAUGGCAUCCUCACCACCUUAUGCAACCACAGCUUCCACAGCCAAUGUCUGCAGCGCUGGGACGACACGACGUGUCCUGUUUGCCGGUACUGUCAAACACCAGAGCCAGUAGAAGAAAAUAAGUGUUUUGAGUGUGGUGUUCAGGAAAAUUUAUGGAUUUGUUUAAUUUGCGGGCACAUAGGAUGUGGGCGAUAUGUCAGUCGACAUGCUUAUAAGCACUUUGAAGAGACACAGCACACAUAUGCCAUGCAGCUCACUAACCAUCGAGUCUGGGACUAUGCUGGAGAUAAUUAUGUCCAUCGACUGGUUGCAAGUAAAACAGAUGGAAAAAUAGUACAGUAUGAAUGUGAGGGUGACACUUGCCAGGAGGAGAAAAUAGAUGCUUUACAGUUAGAGUAUUCAUAUUUACUAACAAGCCAGCUGGAAUCUCAGCGAAUCUAUUGGGAAAACAAGAUAGUGCGGAUAGAGAAGGACACAGCAGAGGAAAUUAACAACAUGAAGACCAAAUUUAAAGAAACGAUUGAGAAGUGUGAUAAUCUGGAGCACAGACUCAAUGAUCUCCUGAAAGAAAAGCAGUCUGUGGAAAGGAAGUGCACUCAGCUAAACACGAAAGUGGCCAAACUCACAACUGAGCUCCAGGAGGAGCAGGAAAUGAAUAAGUGUUUGCGGGCCAACCAGGUCCUCCUGCAGAACAAGCUAAAGGAGGAGGAAAGGUUGUUGAAGGAGACCUGUGACCAAAAAGACCUUCAGAUCACCGAGAUCCAGGAGCAGCUACGUGAUGUCAUGUUCUACCUUGAGACUCAGCAGCAGAUCAGCCAUCUACCUGCUGAGACCCGGCAGGAAAUACAGGAAGGACAGAUCAACAUUGCCAUGGCCUCCACCUCCAGCCCCUCCUCUUCAGGGGGCAGUGGGAAGCUGCCCUCCAGGAAGGGUCGAAGCAAGAGGGGCAAGUGAUCUUCAGAAAAACAACAUCCCUGAGACUGUUCUCCCUGGCACUGAAGGGUGUGCUGGGACUUUUGGCUAAAUGGGAGGGUGGGCCCUAAUAAGUACAAGUAAGGAUCAAGCCACAGUCGUUUGGAUCUUUCAUUUGCUAGUGUGGCAUAGUGAAUGUAGAGGGUGCUAAGAGAGCAGAUGCACCUGAACAGUGUUUUCAAAGGUGGGUAAGAGUUCACUAACCUCAGAAGUUCUAAUGACCAUUUUGCCUUCCUGCUUGGUAGAUGCCCCAACUCUGCUGUGCAUUUUUCCGUUGUAUUUAUUGAGUUGGAGUAUUUGAUGUUUAGCUGUAGGGUAGUUUUAAGAUGUGAAAUUUUUUCAUAACCUCAAAGGUAAUGUUACCUAGCGCUAAACCUCCCAGAGCUGAUAGCAGUUGCUUUAAAGGCAGGCUCCCAUUGGCUACUGAGGGGUUAGGAAAAAUCCCUAGCUCCAGCCUCAUAUCAUUGCCAUCCCUCCCUUCCUCUGGGGAGUUGAAGAAUUGUUUGAAUGUUAUAUGAAGAUGGGCUGGGUUGUAAGCCAGGUAGUGGCUUGUCAGCAGCAGCCAUCUCUUCUUGCCCUACAGCUAGCCAGGAAAAACAACCCAGGACAGAUUGAGUAGACAUAGUGUAGGAAAAAUGAUGGCAGUUCCACUUAGUUUAUUUCUGGUGACUCCACACAUCAUUAUAAGAAAUAAUAAGAAAGAGGCUUAAUGAGUAUUCAAGAUCUAAAUCUCAGAGUGGAUUUCCUAGUAUCUAGCAAGAAUAAGAGAGGAGAUUUAUCAUCCAUGUGAAAACAUAGAAUGAAGCCUCUGACUAGCUAAUUGUGUAUUUUGCUGGGAUCAGUAUUUUCUGAAAGUUUACAAAAGAUCCGAAUUCAUGUUCAGGUUGCAGCUAGAGGGAGCUUGGGCAGAUUUUCAAUUAUGCUUUCAAGAUAUAACCAAAGGCUGUUACUAAAUCCUAAAAUUUGAAUUUCAACAGAGCCCCCUUUAAAACAGUCAUGUAAUGCUUGUUAUGGACUAAAGAGGGGUUAUGUACUUUCUCUAGAACCAGAAACAAGAUAAUUCGUGACAUGCCAUAAUUGAGUGAAACUGAAGCGAGACCCGUGUUGGAAUUUAGCUUCUAGAAGAGGGAGCUGGACAUGUUAACAAGGCAUACUGUUAAAUGAUGGGUUUUGUUUCCUGCUUUAUAAUUAGCCAAAGGUUUUAAAUUGUCACAUUGCAUAAUUAUUUUUUAGGCUGUGAUUGGGCUUCAUCCCCUUUGACUUAAAUGGUCCUAGGUGUUGUUAAUACAUCAGCUGUGUUGCUAAUCACCAUCCAUUUUGGGGGAUAUGCUGCAGCAUUCCCUCUUCCCCCCUCCCCCAAAAAAAAAAAAAAAAAAAAAACCUUAACUGUAACUUUGCAAAAUGAAUGUACUUAGUCAAACAUUCUUAAUUUUUACUUAGGGCAGACCAAUGCUAAUGCUAUAAGUCCUUCUUGGACUUUAAUUAAUAUACAAAUAUCUUAAAGCAAGAGUGGGAAUGUAAAGCAUAACCGAAUUGUCUUUCCUAUAGAGAUUCUAUUUUAUUUAAAAUCUAUUUUUACACUAGUUAGAAUCCUGCUGUUUUGGCCAAGUACUUGUCUUGCAUGUCUGACCUUGCAGAAGCUGGGGUGGAUUGUAGCAUACUAAUUAAGAAGUAGUUUACAAAGCUUGCUCCUCAUUUCAUUAUGAUCGCCUCCAUCACGCGGCCCAGCCUCCAGCUGGGAGAGCUGCGGUUUUCAGCACAGGUGGGACAAAUGCUCUGGAAGGCUGUGCCAGAGGAAUGAGCAAACAGGCAAAGGUCCCCAAACUACUUGAAGGUUUAAAAGAAAUGUUCCAGGGUAGGGGGGAAUCUUAUCAAGAUAUGUAAAGAAAAUGUUAUUUUAAAAGAAGGUCGAAGAGUAAUGACAAUUAGAUAAGACAGGAGCUGUUAGUGUUCUCUUCAGGGUGGAAAUGAACCACUUAAUUUACCUUAAUACUACCUUGAACAGUGAAAUUGCAUUAAAAUAACCAAACUUUGAAAUUA